AUGGCGGCAGGGCGAAAAAGUGUUUCUCUGAGAAGAGACUUUUGCAAAUACAGUUCCACCAAGGGGUCUGAUCACUAUAAGAAUGGCUCUUUCGGCGUGGAAGUGGGUGGAUCUCUCAGCCAUCACUUUGCUCGUUCCGAUGGGCUUCGUGGUGGAAAAGAAGAGAGAGAACAAGGUGAGAUCUGUGUUGAAGAUGGGGAAUAUGAGGGUGCAUAUGGUUUGCCACCGCCACAGAAGAAAAGGAAGUUUUCUCCAAUCGUGUGGGACCUAGUAGAGAAGGAAGAAAGAAUCUCGUCAAAGAGUAGGAUCUCGAAGAAUGAUGCUUUCUCUCCUCCUCGUCCUUGUAUUCCGAGCAGUCCUGGAGCCAAUGGUGUUGAUUCAGGGGACGUAAUGGAGGAAUCUUUGCUGGAUUCCGGAAGCAAUAGACAAAUUGUGGAGGAAGAGAAUCAUGUCCAUGAGUGGACUAUCACAAAGUCAAGAUGGGCUUGUGAUGAUGGUCCCUCACCGAGGGCAGCUGAUGAUAAAUUCAACCAUGGAAAAGUGAGUUCCAGUCCUGAAAUUGGUGAAUUCCAUGGCAGUGGAUCGUCAGAGAGCACGGUCACUAGAUCAUCAGGAAGCGCGGGAAGAGAUCAUUUUGUGGGUCUAUCUAUUGAUGAUGCCGAUUCUGAAAAGGAUUUUCAUAUGGGCUCCAUGGUCGAUGUUGACGAACAUACUGAUGUUGGUGAUUCUCUAUCGGAUUCUGAAGAGAGUGGUGGAUUGAUGCAUGUGCACAGAAAUAUAAACAUGCUUCAAAGUUGCAGAAAUGUGGGCGAGUUUGAAAUGAUUAAGAAAAUAAAUGAAGGAACUUAUGGUGUUGUCUAUAAAGCUAGGGAUAAGAAAACUGGAGAAUUAGUAGCAUUGAAGAAGGUGAAGAUGAACAUAGAGAGGGAUGGGUUUCCGAUGUCAUCCUUGAGGGAAAUAAACAUUCUCUUGUCUUUGAACCAUCCCUCUAUUGUGAAUGUUAAGGAAGUACUUGUAGAUGAUUUUGACGGUACUUUUAUGGUAAUGGAAUACAUGGAGUAUGACCUUAAGGGAAUGAUGGAGGUUAAGAAACAGCCUUUUAGCAUUAGUGAAAUUAAAUCCUUCAUAAAGCAACUUCUUGAAGGUGUUAAGUAUCUCCAUGAUAACUGGGUUAUCCACAGGGACUUGAAGUCAUCAAAUAUUCUGCUGAACCAUGAUGGGGAACUUAAAAUAUGCGACUUUGGGUUGGCAAGGCAGUAUGGAAGCCCACGGAAGCCGUAUACUCCUGUUGUGGUUACACUAUGGUACAGAGCACCUGAACUUUUGUUGGGAGCUAAAGAAUACUCAACAGCAAUUGACAUGUGGUCAGUGGGUUGCAUAAUGGCUGAAUUAAUUGCCAAGGAGCCUCUGUUCAGGGGUAAAAGUGAACUUGAGCAACUUGAUCAGAUUUUUCGAACCUUGGGUACACCUGACGAGAAAAUUUGGCCUGGAUUAUCCAAAUUACCUGGAGCUAAAGCAAAAUUUGUCAAGCAACCGUUUAAUAUGCUAAGGAAGAAGUUUCCAGCUGCGUCGUUUACUGGUUUGCCAGUUUUAUCUGAGCUGGGAUUUGACUUGUUGAAGAAUCUUCUAACUUAUGACCCCGAAGAGAGGAUAACUGCAGAAGAUGCUCUCCUUCAUGAUUGGUUCUAUGAAGCCCCUCUUCCCAAAUCUGAUUGCAAGCCUAUUUUUCCUUCUUGGAGGUGCUAG